UCGAGUAGUAGGUUGUGUUCAAUUGUUUGCUGUAUGUUGUAUGAAGCUCUAUCGCUGCUAACUGUCAUAAAAUAAAGCUAAUUAGCAAGCAUUAUGGUGUUGGUCUUUUUGUAGUAUUGAAAAAUUCAAUUAAUAAUGUGAAAACAAGCUUAUAUUCUCGGAGAUUUCAACGAGUGUCCGGUGGCGUUCCGUUUAGAAAGGAAGCCGAGGGAAGUUUUCCGUUAGUCGAGUUGGUUUCAAUCUUGCUCGUCGAUCACGUCGAAUUUCGUGGUUUUAUGUGCUAUGAAUGUUCAUCUUAUGAGAGGUGGAAAUAUAUUAAAGUUAAUUUUUCAAGCUUUCAUCUAUGUUAUAGACUCAUCGAGGUUCUGGAUAUCUGAGAGACGAUGCGCGGCCUAGCGGAGACCCAGCAGCAUCAGAGACCUUCACCGCCCCCCGCUGGGGGGGCUGCUCCUGUGGGGGGCGGUGGGGGGCACAAGACCCCCCCUCUCAGCGCUGCCCUCUCACAGGUGAGCCUGUCCCCCAGCGACGUGUCGGUGGGGGACACGUCGCUCUCCCACGCCUCCUCCAGCGCCUCCCUUGCCUCCCUCUCCCGCCCCCCCUCCGCCUCCCCCCACCCCCUCUCUGACAUCGCUGCUGCAGUGGGUGAGGUUGGGGAGGAUGACGUGGGGCUGCACAGCCCCACGUCAUCCAGAGGACUGACAUCCUUCUCAUCCCCCGACCUCAACAUGGCGGAACAGUCCGCACACUCCCCAUCUAGCGGGGAACAUUCAUAUUGUGGGGAAAAACAUUCCCCUUCUAUUGGAGAACAUUCCCCUUCUAUUGGAGAACAUUCCCCUUCUAUUGGAGAACAUUCCCCUUCUAUUGGAGAACAUUCCCCUUCUAUUGGAGAACAUUCCCCUUCUAUUGCAGCACAUUCCCCUUCCCGUAGUUUACAUUCAUUAAAGACUGAAAGUUCGGUGGGAUUUAAGUCCCCAUCAGCUGAAGACGUCGGGGUUUCACCAGCCGCUGGGGAUCACGUCGCCCCGCACCCCCAGCACAAGAGGAAGCUCAUCCAACUCCCCCAGGAUGAUGGGGAUGAGGAUGAACUGUCAUCCCUGCAGGACACUUCUGGGCACAGUGAGGCUUGUGCACGCCUGGAAGCGAGUGGUGGUGGGGGAAGCGAUGCAGAGGAGGAAUAUUUCGAGGAAUACCACCUCCCCAACACCCACGAGAACGCUUUUGUACGCCACCACAGCUUUAGGCGUAAGGUCGAACUUACGCCCAUAAACGCCCCUGACGCGGAGAAGAUCGAAGGUCUUGUACGCACCGGUGAAUACGAACGACACGGCAGCAUGAGACGAAAAAUUGUACCUAGUGUUGACUCGAGUCUCUACAAACUUGAUGAAGUUGAGUCCAAGUUAGAACUUGCUCAAGUUGAACCCAAGUUUGAAGUUACGCACGAACCUAAAGUUCACGAGUUCCGGAAAGAUUUCAGAGAGAUCGAGAAAUUAAUGAACGACGAGCAUGAUGAUGAAGAUGAUAAUGAAGAUGAUAAUUUGGAUAGUUUACCUGCGUAUGUGAACAAUGACACUCCUAGGCUACUAAUGCGUGGACAGAAUGCGUACACAUCGACGCCUAACGCAUACGCUAGCACAGCGGAGUACGCAAGUAUUGACUUGAGUGCGAGCUUACACUCUGGAAGUGUGAGAGAUCCAAGCGUGUCUGAAAACCUGGAGAGUUUAAGCAUCGAGCAAAGCACCAUGAAUAAAGUGCGUGACUGCAUGGAUUUCUCGAAAUGCAAGGACAUUUAUAACCUCAGUGGGAAACUACAGGAUAUUCUAACUCCAAUUGAGGUGGAGGAAGUUCUUAACAACUCUCACCGCUACCUCGACAUCAUAGACACCGGUGUUCUAGAGGCGUUGUUUACGAGCGUUAGUGAACAAAUGUCCCUCACUGGACAGCCUUUCUCCAUCAGUUUCAGCAGACAUGAGUCCGCGCUGAAGCCCAAGACUCCUGAGAAGGAACUCACGCCUGAACAAGUCCAGCUGCAGUACCAAAUAAAGCAGAAGCUCCUCAUGGAAGAACUCGCGCUAGAUUCCCUGCCCUACGUAGUUUCUAAUGGCCGGUUACUUGAGAAUCAACACCAUGAAGAUCUUGAUGAUGAAGACCAAAGUAUGAGUAACCAAGGCCAAAUCGACAACAUGGCUUCGGAAUCAAGUCCUAAAGACCAAGGGCUUUUUAAUACCUUGGACAAAGGCCGAAGUCAUGAAGACCCUACAGCAGAAGACGUCCAGCCCGUUGUUAUGAGGGAUCGAACAGAUUCUUUGGAUUCCGACUCGAGAUUCGGGACCAUCGAACGUCGGAAGUCGAUACGACUCAGCGCCGGUCGCGGUCAGGUGGUGGAGCUGGAGAGCGUGUUCGUGGAGAGCGACUUCGCCAACUCCAAGCUAAAGAAGAUAAGCGCCAAGAGCUUUGACCUGGGCACCAGCGGCUCCAUGGAGGAUGACAUGGACGACUCCAGCGCCCUCGACGAUACUGCUGACUCUACAUUACCCUCUGCCCUGUCUUCUGCCUUGCCCUCUGCCUUGCCCUCUGCCUUGCCCUCAACCUUGCCCUCGGGGCAUCCACUCGAAGAUGCUGAUGAGUUUAGUCCCGAAUAUAAAGGCAAUACUGAAUCAGGGUCUACUCACUCCACCAGUGCCCAGGAUGUGCCACUCCAUCACGCCCCUCCAUCGUCGUCACGUCACGCACGCUAUCCUUCAGACUUCGAAAGCAUCGUGCCGGCCGUGGCUCCACAGGGGGCGCCGCCCUUCGGUUCGGAGGACGGCCACUGGCGCACUGUCGUCAUCGGGGGCGUGUGGCGGAGGAUAGACAUGACGCUCAUAGCGCCCUACACCAAGGUGGUGCACAGCGGAGGGGAGCACGAGGGCCGGCCUGUGGUGGUGGUGAGCGCCUGCCACCUGCCGGAGCGCAACGCCCCUCACUACGACCUCAUAAUGGACAACCUCUUCUUACACCUGUUGUCCCGGCUGGAGCAACUGGUGGGGGAAGACUACCUGCUCGUGUACCUGGGGGGCGGGGGCAGUGGGGGGUCUCGGCGUAGCCCCAGCUUCGGGUGGCUGCGUACGGCCUACCAGACCAUAGACCGCCGCCUCAAAAAGACCCUCAGAGGGCUGCUGGUGGUCCAUCCCUCCCUGUGGGUGCGCACCAUCGUCGCCCUCACCCGCCCCUUCGUCAGUUCCAAGUUCUACCGGAAGCUGACGUUCGUGUACAGCCUGACGGAGCUCGCCCAGCUCAUACCUCUGCACCAGCUCAACAUUCCUGACGCUGUCAAGGAGGCAGACUUCCAGAUGAUGGCGCGAGCCAAGAGGCGCGGCGGCGGCGGCAGGAGGCCUCCGCCCGGAGUCUGAACCUGCGCCGAAAUUCGCGGUUCAAUGAAUGAAAAUUUCCGGUUCUCGGUGUGCCAAAUUACGGUUCAGUGCUUGAAAACAUUUUUACAGUGCAUGCAAAAAUAUAGGGGGUUUUGUGCAUUCAAAGUUACCGGUUCCCUGCUCGCCAAAUUUCGGAUCAGUGUCUAAAAAAAUUUCAGCGCUAGCGAAAUUUGAGUUCAAGGCAUGCAAAUGAUUGCUAAUUUUGUAGCCUUGGAUGGUGAGAGGCAGUAGGUAUGAAAGUUUGCCUCAUAAAUACGAUACUAUUUAAAUUUAGUGAAUGCGGCUAGGAAUUGUUGAGGACAACGAUUGUGAAAGCACGGGCCGCGUGAAGUAGUAAUAUGUUUGUGAAUAAAUCUUGUAAUAUAUAUAAGAUAACGUGAGACGUAAAUGAUGCAAUGGGAAAUGUGUAUAUUUUGUCUAACUUAGUACCGUAUUUGGAACACUUACCUUUGGAUGGCACGAGUAAUACGAUUGAUAUGAGUAAUACCUAGGUCACGCGUGACAUGAGCAACUGUAAACUGUAACUGUGCAAGUUUAGCAACUGUAGAUUGCCUGCUAAGAUAAAUCCAUAUAAAUCUUAUUUAAUAUCAAAAAGUGAUAUUGAACCGAGUCGUAAUGCCUGACGAUGAACACGGUAAAAUGAUCACACGAUAUUUGUCUUGUUUUUUGUAGUAAACUAAUGAUACGCGAAGGUCAGCUUUAAUUUAGUGUACUAAAGACGGUGCACAGGACGAGGCGUGUGUUUUGAGGAUGUGUGAACGUUCAUUUUAUGUGAUGCUGAAUAUUGUUUGUGUUUCCCCGCGACUUGUGGCUUGAUGGCAACAUUUUACAGUUAAGACGUAAUCUAGAAGAGAUGAAUUUAUUUAACGCAUUAUGUCCAUGCAAUCUAUCCAAGAUAUCGGGUAACUACGAUGAAACGUUGAUUUUGAAAAGCUUUUGAAUAUUUCUAAGUAGUUAAGCGUAUUUUGUGAUGUGCAUAUUAAAGCAAGCUAUUCGGAAAACUGAAUUAUAGAAUUAUAUACGUUCCCUGGAGCAUUGCUCGUACAUCCUUCAUUUAUAUUAUGUUGACAGUUUUUCUGGAGGUGAGGGAAGUGAUGGUGCUGCUAAUCCUGUACAUAGGAAAUCCAGAAAAGUAGUUCAUUUCAAGGAGUUAAAUAGUCUAUGGAAGUUCUUUAUAGGAAUUGCCAUGAGUCUGAUCAUUUUACGAAGUGAUAGUCGUGUAAUAUGGUAAAUCUCGGAAUAUUUUACCCCUACGCAAGUAUUUGUAUGGGAAUGUCAUCUUGAUGUGAUUUUCAACACUUUGUUGCCAGCUCACAAAGGAAUAAUUUAAUUAAUAAACUUUCCAUAGUAUGAA